GGCGGCGGCGGCGGCAACAGCAACAGUGCCGACAACAGUGCCUCUAGUUAAGGCGGGCGCGCGCGCAUGAAUGUGGGAGUGACCGGCCGCUGUCCCUGUGCAUGAGGGACGGAGGGCGGCGGGGCCUCAGCGCAUCGCCUCUGCCUGCCAGGAAUGAAUGGGAGUCUCAGAGCGGUUGGGAGGCUCCUCCCGGGCCUGGGUUCUAAGUUGCGGCUGGCUUCGUCCCCGCCCUCGCCGCAGCCGGUGCCCGUCGCGGCGGGCGAGCGGGCAGGAAGGGCUUGAAGAAGGAGAGAGAAGACGGCUGUGACAGGGCGCGCGCGCUCUCUCUUCCUCUUGCUAGAUCUGGGGACGGGCCAGGCGGGCUGCUGGAAGCGGCGCACGGAAUCUCCGGGGAGCGGCUGAAGAGCCUCCGGUUGGCCCUGGCGCGCAACGCCCGCAGCAGCGUCCCGGCGAGGCAUCUGCUUCUCGCCUUCCGAGCGGCUGGAGAGAGAUGACUUGUCCUCCUUGAGGGCAAUUCCUCCCGGCCCUGCAACGCGUUUAGGUUAGGUUGACUUUGCGAUGACUCAGGAGGAGCGCCUGCCGAAGGAAGAAACCCAGCGCUUGCUGGCAGAACCUGUUCCUGGAAUAAAGGCAGAACCAGAUGAAAGCAAUGCACGUUAUUUUCAUGUGGUCAUUGCAGGUCCACAGGAUUCCCCCUUCGAGGGUGGGACAUUUAAACUUGAACUAUUCCUUCCAGAAGAAUACCCAAUGGCAGCUCCGAAAGUACGUUUCAUGACCAAAAUUUAUCAUCCUAACGUAGACAAAUUGGGAAGAAUAUGUUUAGAUAUUUUGAAAGAUAAAUGGUCUCCAGCUUUGCAGAUCCGUACAGUUCUGCUAUCAAUCCAGGCUUUGUUAAGCGCUCCGAACCCAGAUGAUCCACUAGCAAAUGAUGUAGCUGAGCAGUGGAAGACCAAUGAAGCCCAAGCCAUAGAAACAGCCAGAGCAUGGACUAGGCUAUAUGCCAUGAAUAAUAUUUAAAAUAUGCUCUGAAUCAGUGUGCAUCACUUUCUUCUGUUCUGCCAAGACCUCUUCCUCUUUUUGUUUGCAUUUAAUGGACACAGUCUUAGAAAACAUUACAGAAUAAAAACCCAGACAUCAGUUCUUUGGUGAUUUAAAUGCACACUAGCAAAUCUGUGUCUUGUCCUAAUUCACUCCUGUUCCGCAUGAACAGAGGCUAGAAGUAUCAUCGGGAUUGUUGUGAAAUUGUUUAAAAGCAGUAGCACAUUUCUGCUUUUAAUAAGUUUUCCCCAUCAUGAUUUAAGUGUAAGCACUGUGAAUGAAAGUAGUCAGGAUUAGCUGCAGGGAUUUUUGUUCUAAUUGUGUGGGGGCUCUCCCUUUUUUAUGAUGAUGCUAACUGCAUUGGUUAAAGCAGCUAACCUGUAAUACUCUAGAAUAUGCCCUCUAGCCAAGUCUAAUUUAGAUGCUGUAGAUGGACAAGCUUGGUUGUUUGAACAAAAACGGGAACAUUAAACAUCCAUCAUCACCACCACUAAUAAUAUUAUGAUUCUGCUGUCAAGGGUAAAAACCCUCCCUUCAAGGAAAAAGCUUGUGACCAUUUUGUAUGGCUUGUCUGGAAAAUCUUCUGUAAAUCUUAUGUUUUAGUAAAAUAUUUUGUUAUUCUA